AUGAACAGCCUGCUAUCACCAAUACCCAUUCAUAACGAAAGAGAGUUUAUUGCUCAACAAGAUGACCGAUAUAUUCCAGCUUCUUCCAGCCCUACUCGACCGCUGCCACCAUCUCGAUUAAGCCAUAUAAAAGCAUCUUCCCCACACAUUCCACACUUUGAUCAAGAUGAGCAGCCCGCCUCUACCGAAGAUCUUGUUGAACUAUCUGACGAUUACUUUGACAAUGGCGAUGACGAGAAUGAAGUUGACAAUAAUAGUACGGGCAGAAGUAUAAACAAGAGCAAGAUGAGUAUUCUCUCACUGUGUCUACAAAAGUCAACAGAGUCUUUACCCAAAUCAACCAUUGCUCCGUUAUUAAGCGAAAUAAACAGUAUUAAGGUACAGGAAUCUUUAAUUGUAAAAGAUUUGUUUUCGGUAUUACUAGGUUCAAGAGGCAAUUAUAUUCAAUUUAGCAAAAACUAUGAUACUUCCAUAAUCUCAUCAAGAAUUCAGGGCCCCGAUUUCAAGUUUGCCAAAUACUUAGAUCUUAGUCUUAAGGGCUUGACAAGGAGGAUCAGUGCUAUUGGGAAACACUAUAUUGGAUUGAAGGAAUUUAUACUGCUUUAUGAUAAUGAGAGACACGGGAAAAUUGUACAGCGAUAUUGUCAAUUUGUAGCUGAGUUCCUCAAUUAUUACCAUGCGAUUAUUCUUGCCCAAGAGAAAGAGUUUCACAUAAAUGCAGAUUUCUCCUUGAGUUUGUUUGAUCAGUUUUUACAAGAAAAAGUGGCCAACAAAAUAGACCAUUUACACAAGAUAACACUUGAAGUGUUCAAGAUUGACGAGGAGCGCACAAGGGAGUUAGAGCUCGAUUAUAUGCAAACCAAUGUAGACUUUGAAGAAAGAAACUCUAAUGAGUCUAGAAUAUUUAGAGAUCGAUCAAGAUGCUGUAAAGGGGGGCUAUUAUUGAGAGCUAUUCAAGAGAGGAUGCUCAAGUUUAAAGGCGAUUUGACUUCAUAUGAAUUUUUAUCUCACGUAUUUGACGAGACAAGCACCGUGUUUGUAACUAUGCUCAACCAAUGGUUGACGGAAGGUGUAAUUGAUGAUCCUUUUGACGAGUUUAUGAUAUGUGUUGCCAAGUUGUCUAGCAAAAUGCUGCAGCUUUUUCGAGCCAAAAGUGAAUUUUAUUGGAAUGAGCUAUUCUACGUUAAGCAGGAUGGUCUCUUGCUACAAUUUCAAAAUAAACAAAUUCAACGCAAAGUUUUGGACACAGGAAAAUAUUUGAGUAUUUUUAAAUUGUGCACUCGUUUGCAAAACUUUGAAGCAUUACAAGAGAGUUUACCCGAACCUAUUAAAAGUUUGAAUGCUCCAGACACUGAAUUGAAAAUUGAUUUGUUGUAUCAGAGAGCCAAUAACUUGUUACUCAAGUUGCUAUUCGAGGGAUACAAUAUAAGAGAAUUAUUUUCUACUUUUCAAACAACAUUUUUGCUAGAUAAUUCAUUCAAUGUUGAUACAUUUAUUGCUUCAGCAUUUAGUGAACUAAAACGCAACCGAUACCAAACGUCCAUAUCCAAUACGGAAAAAAUUUACGAAACUGUCUUUCGAAUGCACCAACCCGACAAGAUUGACAGUAGCAGUUCGCGGAUGAAUAUUGCGGAAAUGGUGAAACGACAUCAAAAUUUUAAAAUAGUUGCUGAAAAUUUCUUCAAAGUUAUUGAAGAUUUGAUGGGAGACAAAGAUUUUACAGCUGAUACGCAAGUGGCAGGGUCAAUCACAGCAACAGCAAAAACAAAAGCAAAAGCUUCUCCUCCGUCUUCUUUUCUACCUUCUCAUACUACUGCUAACACCCCACCCAACACUUUACAAAACAUUUUGCAAGAUUCAAAAAAUGGCAAGGAAAUUACUCAAACAAACAAAGGCAAACAUGCUAUCGAAGACUCGACUUUUCUAAGCGUGGACUUGAGUGUACUGUUGCCCUUCCCGCUUAACCUUGUAUUAGUGCGACAGACUUCGUACCAGUAUGAAAUCUUGUUCAAAUUCGUGUUUAUGCUCAAAUUUGUUGCUCAUCAGGGAGAAACUGUUUGGAAAGAAUUGAAUUUCUCUCAAGUAUGGAAUGCUAAAUCACACACAGCGCAAACACGGAAAUGGAUUAUGCGGUGUCGAGUAUUGCAGUCGCGAAUACUUGCAUUGGUUUCUGAGUUGCAAGAGUAUGUGGCAUCAGAUGUCACUGAAAGUGCAUAUACUAAUUUACAAUCUAAAAUUGCAGAAUACGAAAAGGAAGUUUUAGCUAAAGAUUUAAUUUCUGACUAUCAUGGAAUUGGUAAAGACCAGAGGAAUAACAGUAGAAAUGGCAAUGGCAGUGGUAACGGAAUUAGCAACAGCAACGGCAGAAGUAACAAUACCCUUCAAACUUCAAAUUUCGAGACACGUAACUUUAAUAAUGCUCGAAAUGGCAACUCGAUUUUUGAUAUCAACAUUGGUAGACGAGCAAUAGCCACAACAUCCUUACCAUCUUUAUCAUCACCGUCACAAUUAUCAUCAUCAUCAUCAUCAUUAUCGUCAUCGUCAACUGCAGCAGCAGCAGCAGCAGCAGCAGUAGACGGGGAUGCUACAACUCAAACAAAAAGUGACAGUAUAUACACUGUGAGCCGACUUGUUCAAGAGUUGGGAAGUUACACCACAACUUUGCUCAAUGACUCCUUACUUACCCGUCCAGAGACUAUUCAGUGCAUUAAAGACAUGAUAAUAUUCAUUUGCAAAUUUCAUCAUUACACCGCGCAAAUGAGACGGCAUUUAAUAUUGAUAAACCCAGAAUUGCAACAGGCUUAUGCAAGAGAUUAUCCAGAGAGAUUCAACAAGGAGAUGGAUGCGACUCUGAUUGCAAAUAGAUUUUCACACAUGACAGAGACAUUUUACGCUAGAUAUAUACUAUUUGGAGAGCUUUUGGGCACACUCAUGAACACGAUAAAAUCCGUGGGAGAGAAAGAGAAUAAGAAACUUUUGGUUCUUAGUGAAAGAUUAGAGGCAUGUUUUCCUGACUGA